UCUCUAUCCUACUCCCAGUUAUACAUAUGCAUACAUACAGCCAUCAUGUACAUGAAAGAAAUCUACACCGACUCAACCCCCUCAACCCUCCACACCUUCAUCCAACAAAACCCCCUCGGCGUCCUCACCACCGCCAUCCCCUCCCCUCCACUCCCAUUACUCCAAUCCACCCACAUCCCCUGGGUUCUCGACAUCCCUUCUCCCACCACUGACGAUACCAACAACAAAAUCAAACUCCGCGGCCACAUCGCCCGCGCAAACCCCCAAUGCGCCGCCAUCCUCGACUCCCUAGCCACCAAACCUCAAUCCCAAUCUGAAUCCAACCUCCCCACCGAAGUCCUCAUCCUCUUCACCUCCCCCUACCACAGCUACAUCACCCCACACUUCUACACCACCACCAAGCCGCAGACCGGCAAAGUCGCCCCAACAUGGAACUACGCCGCCGUGCAAGUCUACGGCCGCGCGCGGAUCUACAACCCCCGUUCGGAGGGGGAAAUUGGCCAGCAGGCCUCGAUGUUUCUAGAUAAACAGCUUCGUGAUCUCUCGGCACAUUGUGAGGGGGAUAUCAUGGGGUAUACCACUGCUACCAAUACCAGUGAUACUGAUAACAACCUGGAGGGUAAAUCAUGUCCACGAGCAUGGACCGUCGACGAAGCGCCGGAGGCAUACAUCAAUAUCCUGAAGAAGAAUAUCGUCGGGAUAGAAGUGUCUGUGGAGCGCAUGGAGGGGAAGUUCAAGAUGAGCCAGGAACGUGGAGAAGGGGAUCGGGAAGGGGUGCUGAGGGGUUUGGAUGGGAUGGGAGGGGAGGUUGCGAGGGGAGUGGCGGGGAUGGUGAGAAGUUAUGCUGCUGGAGAUAGAUAG